GAUCUUAUACUUCGUUGGAGGCGGUUGGCGGUGUGUGUAUCGUGCAAGGCAAUAGGCUGUCGCUUAAUGAUGACGUAAUGUAUGGUCUACUAAAGCAGUCCAAAAAAUCUAAUCUAACAAGGGUCAUUUAAAGAGCUUGGUUUUCAAGUUCUGAGUUAGGAUGCACACUUCAGUGCGUCAGAUUUCUCUCUCUGGUUCUUCGUACUUCCUGCGGCUGGACUGGGGCGGACCAGACCUGGGCUCAGGGUUCCGGCUGCUGCUGACAGAUGCAAAGGAUGCUUGGAGAGGAGAAGUUACUGAGGCAGCCAUAUGCGAAGAGGCAAAGGAGCUGGAGAUGAAAAGUGAAAAUUAUGUCCAAGACAUCCACCAGGCGCUGAUUGGGACAGAAAGCUCCACUUCUUACACCUUCACUCUCAACUGUAGCAGCGCACAUGUGUCUCUGGCCUACGAGAAAGUGCAAAAGGAUAUCUCGUUCAGGCUGGGAUCUGUAGCACUGACAGCCCUUUCAGAUCCUGCAGAGGCAGUGAGGGAGCUACUGAUUUACAGCAUGGACAAGGCAAACUCACUGGAACGAUACAACCGCAAACUAGAGGAGCAGAACCAGCGACUGAAUCAAGAGCAUCAGCGCAUUACGGCACAACUGAAGCAGUAUGUGAGUGGUAAAAAAGCUCUGGAACUGGAACUAUACUCUCGAUUUGUCCAUGUGCUCAAUGAGAAGAAAGCCAAGAUUCGAAGCCUGUUCCUCACUCUGACAAGUCUGCAGGAAGAACGAAGUUCUUAUGGAAAAACUGACCAAACUCAACAUUCUGAGCACAAUGAUGAAGAUGAGUAUGGAGGAAGUACUGAAGACGAAACAGAAGAGGCAGAACCCAAACCUGCUGAGAAGACCCCAGCAGAGGUUGAGGCAAACGAAUGCACAACCCCAAGCCCACUGGAUGAUGGUCUCAGUGACCUUAUAGAUGUGGCUCCAUGUCGCAAACGUCGCUAUCGUCAUCUAGACACACCAGCUCCUCGGCCAUCUAAAUCACACACCUACAAGAAGAGAAGGUCAUCCACAGGGAGAGUAGAGAGAAAGAGAAGAGUAGAAAAGAGAAGAAUAUACUGUGAUACACCAGAGAAAGCCCCCACACAGAAGUGAGUCGCCUGCAGCACCCAGUGUGAAGCAGGCGCCCCACUGCCCCACAGAUGCUGCGGCAGCAACUUCAGACGCAGAGGACCUGUUUGAGGACUUCUGACCCUUCUCCUGCGUACUUCAAAAAGACAAGAUGCAUGUACUGUGGACUGAACUAUGACCGCUUUUUAAAACCACCAACUACAUAAAACUGAUGCAAUCAUACAAGCCUCAUCCAUGAAAAAUAGGAAUCUGGAUGCCCAAAACCAGUUAGUUUUUUAACUUGUGAUCUAUAUAUGUUUUUAUUGUUAAUAAUACUUUCAACUCCAAAAUCAAUACAUAACUUAUAUAUACGGUUAAUAGAUUUUCAUUUAAAUUGUAUCUUUGGACUAGCUCUAGUCUAGAUCAGGAGCUCACUCAGCCUGAUAAUUUUAAAUAUUUUUCUGACCUUCUUGAACAUGAAUUAACAAUAAACAUAUUUUCAAAGUGUAAA